AAGUCAAAGUCAGAAACAAAAUACGGCAUGACGUUUGUUUGUUUACUUUUGACUUUUCAUUUAUCGAUUGUUUGUUUACAAGUUUCUAGGUUUCAAAGAUGACGUCUAAUUUGUUGGUUCGAUUAAAGUAAUUGGAUUUCGUAUAUGUGAUAAGAUUGAGCCCAUCAGAAAUUUGUACAUUUUUAAUUUUUAUUUUAUUCUACGACAAUGAGUGCACCCGAGAAGGUACCGGGUUACAUGGCUCAGUUACUUGAGGAACUGGGAUGGAAUCAGGGAACAAGAAUUCCGUUAGCCGACACCAGUAACAGUAAUUUAGAAACAACAUUAAUUUCGAGACAAAAUGAAAUCCAAGCCUUAAAAGAAGCAUUAUCCUUACAGCUACAAAAACGUAGUGAUCUUAAUAAAUACAAGGAUUUUGUACAUACUGAAUAUCAAGAAAAUACUCGUCUCCUAUUUGCUCAGAAGCAACAGUUAGAGCAGGAAAUAAAGAUACAUCAGUUAUCAAAGAAAGAAGCUGACCGACUUGACAAGGAUGUGGUUGAGUCCAACAAAGAAAGUAGCGCUGCAGCCACUAGGAUUGACAAGCUACAAACCAAUAUUGCACGUCUUUUGAAAAAGGCGGAUACAUUGAAGAGUGAAGUGUGCGGGGAGCGCGGCGCGCUGCAGGAGUGGCGAGCCGCGCUGGAGAGGAAUGCCAGCGAUAUUACUGCUAUCGAACAGUUCACUAAACAGGACCUGUCUAAAGCUAAAAGUCUAGAGACAAAGCGGCUGCAGCUGAAGCAGGAGCACGACCGCCUGCGAGACCGCCUCAACCAGCUCGUGGGCAACUUGAGCGCGGAGGAGCGUGCCUGCGAGAGGAUCUCUGUGCAGGUGAUGGAGGGCAUGGAGCAGAGGAAGCAAAUGAUGUCGAUGUGGACCGGCGCGGUGGAGAACCUGCGGCAGCGGGAUGUCGACAUUAGACAUAUUAAAGAGGUAAAUUCUAACACCUCCAUGCAACGCGAGCUGAGCAACAUGCGCAACUUCCUUGAAAAACUCCGUUUAGAAAACAAAAGCAUUCUGGAGGAACAGCAUCAGAAAGAUGUCGCGCUCAAAAAUGUCAUCGAUAAGAUCAGAGAACUUAAAGAAAAAUUACACGAGUCUACAGACAAAUCUAAGAGUUCAGAGAAACGAGCCAAGCAACUUGAAGAGAUGCUUAAUGAUGAGGAGCGAUACGCUAGUCAGAUGAACUUGAACCAGCAGCGCGCAAUGCACUGCUCCUUCAUGGAGAAUCAGAAGCUUCUAGAAUUAAGGAACGAAGAGAAACUGUUCAGCAUGCAGUUGAAAGCGUCGAAAGCAGUGAUGAGUAAAUUAGACACGAAGCAACGCAACAUUGAACGUACUCUGCAAGGAUUGAAGGAAUCACUUUACGCUAUUUGCUACCAGCUGGAGACGACGGGGGCGCGCGUGGCGCACAUGGAGGGCGCGCAGGCCGAGAGGGAGUGCUCCGCGGAACUCGCUGAACAGGAAAAUAGACUGAAGGAGGUGUGCGCGCGGCACGCGGCGCGCGUGGCGCUGCUGGAGCGGCACGCCGCGCGGCUGCACGACGACAUGCGCCGCCUCGCCAGGGACCUCGAGAUCAAGAACGCGGACUUCGUUACCUUGCAAAGUCGUCUAAAAACAUCGAUGCUGAACGCGAUGAAGGAGCGCCUGGUGGAGAUAAGUGCGCGGCGCGACAUGUUCGGCGUGCAGAAGCGCGCGCUGGUGGAGGAGUGCGGCAAGCUGCGCGGCGAGAUCCGCGAGCGCGAGCAGCGCGUGCACCAGCUCAUUAAGCGACACGACAUAUUUAUUGCGUCACUUGGCAAGGACGAGUCCGGCCAGCAGCUCAGCGUCACGUUCUUCAAGAUAAAGGUAACACUACUAAUUAUAUUUCAUUUAAAUGCCACAGGUCCAGAAAUAGCGGAACUGAACGAGUUAACGAAGCAGUACUACGAGCGGCGCGACGAGCUGAAGCAGGUGCAGGCGCAGAGCGCGCGGCUUGAGGAGCAGCUGUGUGACGUCAGCGCGCACCACACCGCGCUCGCCGACAAGUACAAGCAGCUCACCGCCAGGGAAUCUGAGGCGGAGAAUCAAUUGGAUAGUUUGAGAGAGCACGCGCAGCGGCAGGAGAACCGUCUCCAAAACGCGCAUGACGUCAUUAGUCUUAACUUGAAACGUGCAAAGAAGUUAUUUGACGAUGUCGACGAGUGGCGCAUAUUUAAGUUGUCGAUGUACAACCGCAACUUUGCGGAGGCGGCGCACAGCGCGCUGCAGGGCGUGAGCGCGGCGUGCGCGGGCAUGCGCGCGGCGCGGGCGCAGCUCGCCCUGCUGCUGUGCGGGGAGGACGUGCGCCGCAACCUGCCCGCGCACCACACGCGACUGCACUCAUACGUCGACAGAAUUAUUUCUAGCGAGUCGGCUGCCUCACUCGAAACUCCUCCAGCACUUGAAGCGUCAGUGUUCUCGGAGUCACAGCAGUCGAUCUGCAGCGGCGUCAGCAUGGCCAGCGGCUACACGAAGCGCCUCUCCGCCUUCCGCAGGACGCUCGCCCCCAAAGUCGCAGAGCGGAGCAUAGCAGAUGAUAUUCCUGACCAAGCUCGAAGGUCGACGGUGUCGCUGCGAGUCAUAAACCUGGGCAUCAGGGAGCCGCAGCCGGGGGAGUGUUCCGACAUAUGCACCUCCAGGUCCAGAGCAUUCCAAUGACUAUCGAAACACCUUUUUUAACCAGUUAUAUUUGUGUGCGUAUUAUGUUUUGUUCCAUGUUUGCUAUAUAAAAUUUACAUUCGAUAUUUAAAAAAAAUGUUUUAUUUUAUAAUCUACUGACUCUUUUAUUAUUUGGUCUGAAUUUAAUUUGGUUAUAGCUGAAGUAUAAAUACCACGUAAUCCAAACGGCCACAAUCGAAACGUAAACUGAGUACCAGAAUUUGAUAUGAGGAACUUGAUAGUAAUUACACGCCCCCAAAUUAUUUUGUCCCUGAAAUUGAGCCUGUGGAC